AUGAUGAAGGAAUCAAACGUUCUAGAAAUCCCUUUACACCAAAGAGUGGGCUUGAAAGUGCGUAACUUGAGUGUUGCUGUUAAGUCAAAAGUUCGAAAGAAGGACCCCAGUCACACAGACGAAAAGUGUAAUUUCAAUGCAGGGUCUUCGAAAAUUCUCAAUGAUAUUUCAUUUGAUGUUAAUAGCGGAGAGUUGAUUGCUUUGAUGGGAGGAUCUGGAGCAGGUAAGACAACUUUAUUGCAUACACUAUCGCAACGAACUAAUGUUAAGAACAAAAAGUUGGAAUACUCUGGAAGCAUCGAGUACACAAGAGUGAAUGAGUCCAUGCAACAUAUCAAGCAUGCAUAUUUACUACAGACUGACUUUUUUUUACCUGGGUUGACUGUGAUGGAAACAUUCCAAACGCAAGCAGAUCUAAGGUUACCGCCGUAUGUUAGCCAGGAGGAGAAGCAGGAGUUGAUUGAUUACAUUAUGGAUGUUUUGGAGUUGACGCAUUUGAAGAAUACUAGACUUUGUCAAUUCUCUCUGCAUUCAACUACUCUAUCAGGUGGAGAGCAAAGAAGAGUAAGUUUGGCAAUUCAGCUACUAUCCCGUCCAUCAAUACUAUUUCUUGAUGAGCCUACCACAGGAUUAGAUACUUCAUCUUCAUUGAAGUUAGUACAACUAUUACACAAGCUUGCCUCCAACACAUACGGAAUAACUGUCAUUCUAUCGAUUCAUCAACCAAGACCUGAAAUUUGCGAUUUGUUUGACAAGGUGUGCUUGUUGACAAAAGGUGGCAGAAUGGUAUAUUUCGGAAACUUGAAAGACGAAGCACAUAGUUAUUUCACAAAGUUGGGAUACGCACCAGAGAUGAACCAACACGUCAGUGACCAUGUCAUGAGCUUAUCCGUAAAAGACACAAGUACUCUUGAGAACGAACUGAAAUCAGCGGCACGGAUCAAUCAUUUGGUGGAAGUUUGGAAAAACAGUUAUUACCACGAAUACAAUAGCACAAAGAAGCAAGAUCAAGCUCAAUUUUUUGCCAACUUGAAAUUGUUUGCAACUCCAAAACAAGAUAAAAUCUCCUUCAUGCGAGAGCUUGUGGUCUUGACAAAGCGAACAUUUAAACUAACCUACCGUGACGUCCAAACACUUUUGGUUUUAAACCUUGGGUUUGUUUUCCUUGCGGUGGCUCUUGGCUGGAUAUUUUACCGACCAAAGCACGAUCUUGCUGGUAUAAGGUCUCUAAUUUCGGUGCAAUAUGUGGUUUUGGAAGUGGUAGGGUUCUGUGCCAUGUUUAUCGAGGUAGAGAGAUUGUGGAAUACUGACGGAGCUUACUUUUUCCGAGAAUACCAAGAGCAUGUUACAAGUAUUCCAGCGUUUAUUGUGUCGAGAAGAGUAGCCAAAUUCUUAUUGGAAGACUUACCCAUGACAAUUAUCUGGUCAGUGAUAACAUUUUUCAUGUGGGGACUUCGGGUGGGAAACGGGUCACAUUUCGGAAUAUACUUUACAAUCACUUUGCUUGUGCAAUUGGCUUGCAUGAGUAGUACGUUAUUGAUAUAUGCCAUUUCAUCAAGUGUCGCCAUGUCCACAAUGUAUAUAAACUUGCUAUAUCAGGUUCAGAAUUCGGCGUCGGGUUAUUUUGUUAAUGCCAAGACUAUGCCAGUUUAUGUGAGAUGGUUGAAAUAUCUAGCCUAUUUUUGGUACGGAUUUGGUGCAUUGACUGCUAACCAAUUUACCGACUGGGUUGGUGAUUGUCCUUACGAUGACGAAAGCAAAUGUGGUGAGUAUCAUGGAAACGUCCAAUUGGAAAUUUGGGGAUUUCCUCAAAACUGGAUAGCAGAACCAAUCGGUAUAUUGAUUGUAUGGGUGACUGGAUUUACUGUUCUAUCAGGGGUUGCGUUAAGACUAAAGAAUCUUGACGUAGGUAUGGCAAAGACCAAAAAGAACAAGCUUGGUGACGAAAAUGAGACACAUGUGGGCAAUGACGAGACUGAGGACUCCAUUGACGAAGUCUCUGAUAGUUCGGUAGAUUUUGAUUCGAAACAAAUAACUACCCAACCUGAUGCAACUGCAAGCAGUUGCCCUAUUGACCUCGAAUUACGCAAUGUGCAUCUAUCUAUAAAAGAAAAGACGUUUUGGGGUAAACAAGUUGGUCUGAGAGUAUUGUUGAACAAUGUUAAUGCCGUUUUCAAGGCAAACUCGGUAAAUUGUAUCAUGGGACCUUCGGGAAGUGGCAAAAGUACUUGCUUAAAUUAUUUGUCAAACAGAUUGGACAGGUCUGCAUCGUUUAUUGCAAGUGGGGAAGUCAAGAUUAAUGGAAUUCAAGAUGUUUCUCGCAGUGAGUUGAGUCGUAUCUCUGCAUAUGUCACCCAGCAUGAUAGUUCAUUGAUAUCUAACUUGACGGUUAGGGAGACAUUGUAUUACCAGGCAAAGUUACGUUUACCCUUGGACCAACACCCAUCAAUCCCAGGAAUCAUUAACAAGUUGAUAAGACAGACUGGGUUGGUUGACUGUGCUGACACAUUGGUGGGCAAUGAGUACGUCAAGGGUUUGUCGGGUGGUGAAAAAAGAAGAUUAAGUAUAUCCAUUCAAUUACUUUCGAAACCAAAAGUGUUGUUUUUGGACGAACCAACAUCUGGAUUAGAUUCGUCCACAGCAAGGGCAAUUUUCAACUUGUUGACUGAAUUGGCAAUUGAGAAUCAAACAACUGUCAUUCUUACAAUCCAUCAACCAAGUGAAGACAUGUUUUUGAGCUUUGGAAGUUUAUUGUUUUUAGGCAAAGGCGGGAAUGUGAUUUACAAUGGAAGUGCGCAUGGAAUUGUUGAAUACUUGGCCAAUCUUGGGUUUGCAAAUCAUAGUCGGUUGAACAUUGCCGAUUAUAUUUUGGAUUUGAUCAGUCAUGGUGCUGACGAUGAAGAUGCCCAAGCUGUGGAUAAUAGGAUUGAAAUGUUGGUCAAUAACUGGGCAUACAAUGUGGAUCAUCAUCACCAAAUAGGUGCUUCACGAGGACUGAGUCGAGUAAUUGACUUAUCACAGUUUUAUUUCCGGCGAUUGCCAUUUGUUCAUACAUUCUCCACUGUCACAAGUAGACAAUUGUUGACAUCAUUUCGAUCAAGGGAUAGCAUUAUUAGCAGAAUUGGUCAAACUGUUUUCCUCAGUAUUGUGCAUACAUUGUUUUUCGCACCCCUCAAAAAUACCCAGGAUGGUAUCAACAACCGAUUAGGAUUAAUUCAAGAAGUGUUGAAUUUGUACUUUGUUGGGUUUGUGAACAAUAUCAGUUUGUAUCCCUUUGAGAGAGAUUUAUUUUACCAAGAGUAUAGGGAUGGUAUUUAUGGAGUGACAGAAUUUGGAAUCUCAUACCUUCUCAACGAACUCCCCACAGAGAUCAUUCCAUGUUUCUUCUUUUCGGCAUUGAUUGUGUUUGUUUGUGGGUUACCGCGCAAUGCCGCUAUGUACUUCGCCAUGUUUGCCACGGGGUUCAUUUCCAUCAAUUGUGGAGAAUCUAUUGGAAUCUUUUUCAAUAGCGUUUUCAAGCACAUGGAGGUGGCAACGAAUGUCUUGGCCAAUCUAAUUAUCAUUGCUGUGUUUAUGGGUGGUACAAUGUCGUUGCACAUGCCACAUUUUUUCAAAGCCAUGAAUUAUUUGAGUCCCAUGAAGUAUGCUGUGUCAAUUUGCGCAAAUUUGGGAUUCAAGAACCAGAGUUUCUCAUGUGGAUCUACGGGAGAUUGUAAUUUGAAAACGGGUCAUGAUGUGUUGCAGUACUACAAUUUAGAAGCGAAUAUUGGUGCCAUGUUUGGAGGGUUGUUUGCUUGUUUUGUUGUCUAUAGAUUGCUUGCCAUUUGCUCGAUUUAUAUCAGAGUCAAGUGGUUUUAG